AUCUACAAAUCAAUCGAAUGAUAAUCAACUACGCAAAUGCUAGAAUAAUAUUCAUUCUCGAGUAUUUAAUUAUUCGAAGAGCUUUAACACGUUGAGAGCCACACUAAUUUUUGUGAAUACUUUUGUGGGACUGAAAUUUCGCUUUGAAAUCAUUCGAAACUAUAUAAUCUAAGAAUUCAAAAUUCAGGAAUCUUAUCCAGAUUCAUGUCCCUUAACACCUCGUGUUCGGAAUAAGUUUUUUAAAUUCCUAGUGAAAAGUCCAUAUAUGGGUAACACGGCAGUCAACGCGUUAACGAGGCUGAAGAUUUUCGUGCACGCAGUUUCACCUAAAUCUACAUCUAAAGUAUCGCGACUAUUUUAUGUGUGGAUAGUGCGAGGACGAUCCCUUUGGCAUGAUAAAAGGCACGUUCCCGCCCGAGCGUGCUCGAAAGCGGAAGUAGACGAGCGUUUGCAUACUUUUCCACAGGUUUGCACGGAACGCGGCUGGAGGGAAUACAGCGGCGACAAUAAUGUAUUCAAAGAUCGAUGGAAUUUAUGGUGGCGAUCCGGGGGUUUUCCUUCGCCCCAUUACAGGCCGUUGCCCUGGCAGUUUGUCAAUAGAAUACCAAAAGGUAGCUCUAUCUGCAGAAAGGACAAUCUUGUCAGGCACCUGAGGUGCAUGAAGAAGAUGCACGGCUCGAUCUACGACUUCAGUCCUACAGGAUACAACUUGCCCUCGGAGUACACGAAGCUGGCUGAGGAAUGCAGCCGUUGCGAGGAGGACAGGGUUUGGAUUUGCAAGCCGGUAGGCCAGAGCCAAGGAAGAGGGAUCUUUCUGUUUCGUAAACUAAGCGACCUCACGUACGAUAACACGACGAUCGUACAGAGAUACAUCGAGAAUCCUCUUCUGAUCGGUGGUUACAAGUUCGAUCUGCGACUGUACGUGUGCGUGCCCUCGUAUCGUCCUUUGACUAUAUAUUUGUACAAAGAAGGCUUGACGCGAUUCGCCACGGAGAAGUUCUCCUUGGAACACUUGAACGAUCCUUUCAGACACCUGACCAACUUCUCUUUGAACAAAUUGGGUCCAGGAUACGCGGAGAAAAAGGAACGCGUCGGCUCUGGCUGCAAAUGGACGUUCAAACAACUGAGAAGGUACUUCGAGCAGGCGGGUUACUUCGACUGGUUCCUCUGGCAGAGGAUUGCCUGUUUGGUGAGCCUGACGAUACUGAGCCAAGCAGCAGGUAUACCGAAAUCUUCCAAUUGCUUCGAAUUCUUCGGGUUCGACGUGCUGAUCGACAAGAAUCUGAAACCGUGGCUGCUCGAGGUCAAUCUGAGCCCUGCGUUGAGCAACGACUGCGAGAUCGAUUCAGAAGUGAAGAAACCCCUUCUGCACGAUUUGUUCGAUUUAUUAGGUCUUCCAGUAUGCAACACUGGACUCUCCCUUUUCACGAUAUGGUCGACGAGCCCAGUCGUCAACGAGGUAGAAGUGUCUUCCAAGUUUUGUAGGGGUCGAACCGUGAAGAAGAAGUCGAAGACGGGUCGGGACACCGACGGUUUUCUGCAUCUGUGCACCGAACUCCAACCUGCUCUGAGACAAUCAACUCUGCAAGAUUGUUCGAAUUCGUGGUCUCGUUACAAUCCUCUGUUAGUGGACAAGUACAUUCCCCGCGGUUUCCGCGGCACCAAUCCAGAGAAUCAUGACAAAACAUCGGUAUGGGACAACGGGAAGAACUGGAGCACACCGUGCGUGAAAGAGGGAGGAUGGGUCCGUAUUUAUCCGCUGACUCGAACGAACGACGACAACGCGACGGAGUAUCUCCCGUCGUCUAUAUCCGAGUCUUCGCGGAUCCUGGAGAAGGACGUCAAGAGCACGGUUCUUUGUAUACAAAAGUAUCUGAAAGCUGCCAAAGGAGUUUACAAGAAAAACGAGAAAUACAGAGACGAACAAUGCAACGCUAUGCUGCGAAAAGCAAUGGAACUGAAUACCGAAAUAUGGCUGCCAGGAAAAUAAUCGUGGAAUACCUCGUCUUUCGCCCGUUCUACUUUCUUCUUCGUCUUUAACGCAACCACUAGGCACGAUACGCUUCGACAAUUCAAUUUUUACAAAUGUUAUUUGAAUGGAUCGCCAUGUUUACACGAAUUACAUCGAUUUGAUUUUUUAUCCACACUCUGUGCGGUUUCAAUAGCCAGAGUGUUAAUAAUAAUCGUUCGAUAGCGAGAUAGAUGUU